AAUGGACGCAAGUUGUCUAUUCAAAGCACUUUUAGCCACAAAUUGGGCACUAUUUUUAUGGGAUCAGUACAUCACAUUUCGACAGUACAAAGCUCAUAAAAAUGCUGUAAAACGUCCCAAUGAAGUCAAAGAACUUAUUGGAGAAGAAGAUUAUAAGAAGGCCAGAGACUAUAAAAUUGAUAAUCAUUUAUUCGGAUUCUUCCAUAGUUGGUUUAAUCAGCUUCUCCUCACGGCACAAUUGAUUGGAGGAUAUUAUCCAUUCCUUUGGUACGCAACGGCUAGUUAUCCAUUGCAUGUGGCUGUAUUUCUCUCAAUAAACUCAAUAAUUGAAACAAUCAUCGAUUUACCUUGGGAUCUAUAUUCCACUUUUAUUAUCGAAGAUGCCCAUGGAUUCAAUAAACAAACUAUUGGAUUCUAUUUCGUUGACAAAAUUAAGAAAAUGCUCGUCGGAUUUGCUCUCACUAUGCCAAUCGUUUAUGGAAUUGAAUGGAUUAUUGUCAAUGGUGGACCAUACUUCUUUGUCUAUAUUUGGUUAUUUGUUUCUGUUGUUGUGCUACUUUUGAUGACCAUUUAUCCAACUUUCAUCGCUCCACUCUUCGACAAAUAUUUCCCAUUGCCUGAUGGAGAUCUCAAGACGAAAAUUGAACAAUUAGCUGCUUCUCUCAGUUAUCCAUUAACUGAACUUUACGUUGUCAAUGGCUCAAAACGCUCGGCUCACUCCAAUGCUUACAUGUAUGGAUUCUGGAAGAACAAGCGCAUUGUGCUCUAUGAUACUUUGCUAAGUGGAGCUGAAAAGGAGAAAGUACAUGAAUUGUAUGUGGCAGCUGGAGAGAAAAUCGAAGAAACUGAAAACGACAAAAAGAGAGGAAUGAACAACGAUGAAGUUGUGGCCGUUCUGGGCCAUGAAUUGGGUCAUUGGGCUUUAUGGCACACUUUGAUCAAUCUUGUCAUCACUGAAGUCAACUUGUUCUUCUCUUUUGCAGUUUUUGGAUACUUUUAUAAAUGGGAAGCCCUCUAUCAAGGAUUCGGCUAUCACGAUACUCCACCAGUCAUUGGCAUGAUGCUCAUCUUCCAAUUUGUCCUCGCUCUCUACAAUCAACUCGCUAGUAUUGGAAUGGUUAUUCACUCCCGUUCUGCUGAAUUUGGAGCUGACGAGUUUGCUGCUAACCUCGGACACGGAGAAAAUCUUAUUGGAGCUUUGACCAAGCUUGGUGUUGACAAUCUGUCGAUGCCUAUCAAUGACUCACUCUACUCAUGGUGCACUCACACACAUCCUCCAGUUGUUGAAAGAGUAGCUGCUGUUAGAGCCUUCCAGGCAAAGAAUAAAUAAAUUCCCAUGUUUUACUACUUGUUUCUUGAAUGCCAAAGUAUUUUAUAUAAUUUAAUUUAUGAUUGUAAUGUGAUAUUAUUGCAUUUUUUGAACUUAAAUUUCGUUAAUAUUCUCUAUAGUAAAUAAAUUUUUUUAAACAAA